AUGAAGCGUGCGGGAAGGACCAUGGUUGAGAGGACCAGCAAGUUCUUGCUGAUCGUGGCCGUCUCGGUGUGCUUCAUGCUUAUCCUGUACCAGUACGUGGGGCCGGGGCUGAGCCUGGGUUCCCCCAGCGGCCGCUCCUACUCGGAGGAGCUGGACCUCUUUCCCACGCCGGACCCGCACUACGUGAAGAAGUACUACUUCCCCGUGCGGGAGCUGGAGCGGGAGCUCGCGUUCGACAUGAAGGGCGAGGACGUGAUCGUCUUUCUGCACAUCCAGAAGACCGGCGGCACCACCUUCGGCCGCCACCUGGUGCAGAACGUGCGGCUGGAGGUGCCCUGCGACUGCCGGCCCGGGCAGAAGAAAUGCACCUGCUACCGGCCGAACCGCAGGGAGACCUGGCUCUUCUCCCGCUUCUCCACGGGCUGGAGCUGCGGGCUGCACGCCGACUGGACCGAGCUCACCAACUGCGUGCCCGGGGUGCUGGACCGCCGGGAGAGCGCCGCAGCCAAGACUCCCCGAAAAUUUUACUACAUCACGCUGCUGAGAGACCCUGUAUCUCGUUAUCUCAGCGAGUGGCGUCAUGUCCAACGAGGAGCUACGUGGAAGACCUCCUUGCACAUGUGUGAUGGCAGGACACCAACUCCUGAAGAGCUGCCCUCGUGCUACGAGGGCACGGACUGGUCGGGCUGCACUCUGCAGGAGUUCAUGGAUUGUCCCUAUAAUUUGGCCAACAACCGCCAGGUGAGGAUGUUGGCCGACUUGAGCUUGGUGGGUUGCUACAACAUGUCCUUCAUCCCGGAGAACAAGCGAGCGCAGAUCCUGCUGGAGAGCGCCAAAAAAAACCUCAAAGACAUGGCCUUCUUCGGCCUGACAGAGUUCCAGAGAAAGACUCAGUACCUGUUUGAGAGGACUUUUAACCUGAAGUUCAUCCGGCCCUUCAUGCAGUACAACAGCACGCGGGCGGGCGGGGUGGAGGUGGACAACGACACCAUCCGCCGGAUCGAGGAGCUCAAUGACUUGGACAUGCAGCUCUAUGACUAUGCAAAGGACCUCUUCCAACAGCGCUACCAGUACAAACGGCAGCUGGAGAGGAUGGAGCAGAGGAUAAAGAACCGGGAGGAGAGGCUUCUCCACCGGUCCAACGAGGCGCUUCCCAAGGAAGAGACCGAAGAGCAAGGACGUUUGCCCACUGAGGACUACAUGAGCCAUAUUAUAGAGAAGUGGUAGCCUAAGCAGACUUUUAUAUUAAUGAUAUUCUAGGGUUUCCGUAUAAGAGAUCGUGGAAGUAAAAUCACAAAAAAAAAAAAAAAAAAAACCAAAAAAAACAAAACAACAAAAAAUAUUUUAUUUAAAAACAAGUCUGUAAAACAGAAGAUAGAUUGCUUCCUUAAGCAUAGGGUCUUUUUACUGUUUCUUACAAGACCGAUGAGAUUCUUAAAAAAAGAAAAAUAAAUACAUAAAAAUAAAAAAUGGUCAACAUUCUCAUGCAGAGAUAAAAAAUGCACAAAUGGAGUUACCCCACUCAUAAGGCCAAAUACAGAAGAAUGUUUCUUAUCCUCACAAUUUUAAUACAAAUGGCAGAAGUAGGAUUUUUAAAAUCUGUUAAUCCCCUGACUGUAAUGAUCUAAACAUGCAUAAUUGAAAUAAAACAAGGAAACAGAGGUUUUCUUUUAUGGGGGAGGUGGGAUGGGAAUUGCAUUGUUUGUCAAUAACUGAUAAUGGUGACUAAAUUGAGGAUGGGCCAUCCUGUCAGGCUGGGAUCUGAGUACACAGGCAGUCGCAACAUUUCAGCUGGCAGCCACUGCCAGUAAGUAGAGCACCAUUAAAAAAAAAUUAAAAAAAAAAAAAAAGAAAGAAAGAAAACCAGUCAGAGGAUGAGAAACAUUAAAGCAAAUGGACUGUGGCCUGGGAAAUGCAUCACAUAUACAUAUGCAGCUUCGUCACAAAAACGAUAGGGAAUUCAUAAUUCAUACACAAAACUCCCAAGUUUGUUUCCCAGACAGGUCCCAAAACAAGUUAAAAGCCAACCAUAGACUCAAACCUGCAUUCACAUGUUAUCCUGUCUGCUUACACCACUACCCCUCAACCCACCAUCAGUACAGUGUGUUAACAGCACAUGAAAAUCCUAUCCUACAUACUACCAAACAAAGGAAGAAAAAUUUAAAUACUCCUUCAUAAAUCUGCACAAAGUUCAGACCCUGCAAAUGAUAAGUCAUUAAUGGGAAUGCGACAAGGGGGUGAUUUUGUUUUGUUUGUUGCUAUGUGAA